AUGCCCUGUAACUGUCGUCAUGGUACAGGCUCUCAUGAUCAUUUGCAAGAUGGAUUUCUUCAUGGUGGUGUUUUCGGUGUCGGUUCUCCCUUAAAUGAGCAGAUAGAUUUACCUUUUAUCCAGUUAUGGAAUGCGAAACAAGGCAAUUCUGAAGCUGCACGUAUACUUGAUCCGAAUAAUGUAAAUAAUGAAGAACCUGUUUGUAGUGAUGCUGACCCAGAACUUCUUCUUUUCAUACCAUUAAAGCAGGUUUGUCGCAUUAAAGGUAUUUCCAUACUUGGAACUAAUGAUGAUUUUGCCCCAUCUCAAGUAAAAGUAUUUUGUAACCCUGGUAUUAUUCAAGGUUUUGACUCGGUACGAAAUUUGGAACCUCAAGAGGAAAUUCUAUUGGCUCAAGUGUCAGUUGGAGACCGAAUAGUCUACCGCCUAAACCCAGCAAAAUUUUCAUCAUCAUCUAAUUUGGCGCUACUUUUUAAAGAUAAUUUUGGUGAAAAUGAAACACACUUACUCCGAAUUGAUAUCUUUGGUGAGUCAACUGGAAGACCCGUUCAUCAAGAACUUGCUACCAACAUUGUUUAUGAAGCAAUGGCGAACCCAGCAGACCAUGAUGUAUCUGAAGAGCAUGGAAAAACUUUUGUAGUGCAGUAG